UUGUAAAAUGUCGCUGUACAAAAUACGUGUGGCCGAUCUGGAGAACAUUUUGGAGCAGGAUGAGAUUGAUCUGAAAGUGCUUCGCAGCUUCUGUUUCAAUGGCAUUCCGGAUUGUAAUGGAUUCAGAUCGCUCUGUUGGAAGCUUCUGCUGGGCUAUCUUGGUCCGAAAAAAUCAUCAUGGCCAACGAAGCUAACGAAGCAACGUGAACUGUACAAACAGUUUGUCAAGGAAAUGGUAAUAUCGCCCGGUGAGCAGGAUGGUCCCGAGUGUAUCGACCAUCCGCUGAGUGACGGUCCGGAAAGUAACUGGAGCACCUUCUUCAGGGAUAACGAAGUGUUGCUGCAGAUCGAUAAGGACGUACGUCGCCUGUGUCCCGAUAUAUCGUUCUUUCAGCAGGCAACCGAAUUCCCCUGUGAGUUUGUGAAAGAACGCGAACGAAAGCUUCAUGUACGAGUCGCGCCGACAACGCUCAGCUCCGCCAAUGUAGAGCGAAAGGGUAUCGGCAUGACAAAGAUCAAUCUCAUCACAAAGCGAGCAACGGAAAGCUACGAAGCGAUGGAUGCCGGUCAGGAAGCACACUGGGAGGUUGUCGAACGGAUACUGUUCCUGUACGCGAAGCUUAACCCAGGCCAGGGUUACGUGCAAGGCAUGAACGAGAUUAUUGGACCGAUCUACUACGUGUUCGCGUCCGAUCCUCAUCUCGAGUAUCGCCGGUACGCCGAGGCGGACUGUUUCUUCUGCUUCACCGCACUGAUGGGUGAAAUAAGAGACUUUUUCAUCAAAACACUGGACGAAUCGGAGGGUGGCAUUAAGGGCAUGAUGGCAAAGCUGUCGAAUCUGCUGCACGAACAGGACGCCGAAGUGUGGAACCGGUUGCGAGACCAGGAACUUUAUCCGCAGUACUACAGCUUCCGGUGGUUAACGUUGCUAUUGUCGCAAGAAUUUCCACUGCCGGAUGUGUUACGCAUCUGGGAUUCGGUUUUUGCCGAUGACAAGCGGUACGAUUUCCUGAUCAAAAUCUGCUGCGCGAUGAUACUCUUACUACGGGAACAGAUUUUAGAGAACGAUUUUGCGAACAAUGUGAAGCUGCUACAGAACUUCCCAGCAAUGGACAUUAAACUCGUGCUGCGGAAGGCAACCUGUCUCGACUAGCGGUUU